AUGUCUAUGCGAAAGGCUCUUGCUCAAGAGCCUACAGGAACAAUGUAUGAUGAACAAGAACGCCAAAAAUUGCUUCGACUUAAUCGUGAAAAGCAGGAACCACAAGAACCUCGUCUUGAAUGGAUUUAUACGGGUGAUCGUACGAAAUCUGAAGAUUUUUUAUUGGGAAGAAAACUUGAUGGUGACGUACCACCUGAUGAACCAUCAGACGAUAAUGCAACAACAUCAACCAUCGAUUUAGCUAAUAAAAUUCGUGAAGACCCAUUAUAUUUAAUUAAGAAAAAAGAAAUUGAACAAAAGAAAAGAAUUUUAGAAAAUCCUGUUCGACUCAAACAACUUAAAGAACUGUUAGAACGACAAGAAUCUGGAAAAUCUGGAUCAUCAUCACGUAAAAAACACCAUCAUUCCCGGUCACGAUCACCGCAAGAACGUCGCCGUAGUCGAUCGCCGCAAGAACGUCGUCGUAGUCGAUCACCACAUCGUCAACAUCAGCGCCGUCAUAGCCCAUCGCCACAAUCGCGGUCUGGUCACCCACGUCGUGAACAUAGUCCUCGACGUCCAUCAACAAAGCAUCGCGAAAAACCACCAAAAGAAGAAUUAGCAAAAAGUCGUGAAAAACAAUCAAAAGAAGAUAGAGAUCGUCGGAUAUGUGAAAUGCUAGUCGAUGGAGCUAUGCGAAAUGAACAACGUCAACAAAAUGUUCGAUUAUAUAAAGAACUUGAUGAUAAAGAAGAAAAAGUCAAUGAAAUAAUAAAACAACGAGCAAAAAAGAGGAAUGAUUUAUCAUCAUCUGAGGAUGAAGAACAGGAUUUUAUUCGACCAAUGAUGAAACAAAUUGUGGAUGAUCCAAGUUUGAAACGAAGAGAUCUUAAACAUCACCAUCAUCAUCAUAGACGACGAUAA